GGCUAGAAUUAAAAGUAGGUUAGCACCCCCUUCCUUCGAAACCGGAGAAUUUUUAGAUAAAAAAAACCCCGAAACCCGAGACUCCCGCCAAUUAAGGCUCGAGAUGCUACCCUAAUUAACUACUAGAGAAAGAUUCUCUGGCCUUGGUCUACCAAAAGUUUUUUUUUAAUUUUUUUAAAUUUUUUAUCUUUUAGUUUGUUUUUUCCUUAUUUUAGAAGAAAAAAAUUUUUUUCUAUCGGAAGAGAAAUGUUUUCAGCACCUUUAGUGGUGGUGCUUCUCCCCUUCCUUUACUUGACCAAUUUGAUAGAAACUUCAUCUAGUCAACAACCCGAUUUUCAACAAAUGUUUGGAAGUUUACUUUCGGGGGUUCAAUCUGCUUUAAAAGAAAUACAAAAACCUAAAGGUAAUGGAGGGAAUGAUAGUGAUGAUGAAGACGAUGAGGGAGAUGGAUUCGCUGGAAUUAAAAAAUUAAUGGAAUCAAUUGAUACGGAAAAAGUUGGACAAUUUAUCCAAAAUUUUGCUAAUCCGGCCAAAUUGAUGUCUUGGCUGCCGAUGAAAUUUCAAGAUUAUAUACCCGAAGGUUGGCGUGAAAAAAUCAUAACAAUUAUAACCUCUGAAUUGGACAAACUAGCGGCCGUUUGGGAUGCUUUGGCAAAAUACAAAACUUUGGAGCAUGUUUGGAAAGCUUUGAAACGGAAUACCCCUACUUUGGCUUCUCUUUUGGAAGAUGCCUGGAAGAUUAUUAAGCAGCGUUGGGCUAAGUUUAAUGGUGGAUUGGAGCCGGAGGCGAAGGAAUACAUGCACAAUGUGAGUGAAAUUUUGUGAGGCUUUAUUUGCGGGACUCUAAUGGAUUGGUUGGCGAAGUGGU